AUGCCUCCUCCCCCGCAGGUUGUACAAUGGCUGAAGCGGAGCUAUUCUAGGCCAGCUGUUGAUCCAGACUGGCUCGAAGGCUGCUAUUCAUGGAUCGAAUCUGAGUUACAGCUGGACCCUGCCACUGACAUGGAUGCCAUUCUCUACAACAUCGAGACACAGCUCUUGCAGUCCAACCUCGAGGGCUCGAUGCUCCCGGGCACUGGCCUCCCCACGAACGUCGCGGACCUCAAUAACACGAAGCUCACAGGACCGACCGUCCUUGUCGAGAUUGUCUCCAUGACCGAAAUUGGACACAGCGCGUUCAGUUUGCAGAACGUCCGGCAGGCCCGCCUCGAACGCGCGGAUUUGGCCGGACUUGCCGACGAAGAGGACGAAGGACAGGGCGGCGAGGAGGAAGGCCCUGUACCCAAGUAUCCGAGAUCGAUGCUGAGAUUCCAAUUGACGGAUGGCUCGACCGUCCUCAACGCCAUCGAGUACCGCCGCAUACCUGAGUUCGAGCUCGGGGUUACGCCACUAGGUUACAAGAUGCUUCUAAAGGACGUGUCCAUUCGCCGGGGGAUCGCCUGGCUGGAACCCAAAAACGUCAUUCUUAAAGGGUACCAGACGCAGGAACGCCAAGACAUGCAAGACAGUGAUUUUAUGCGCAGGCUCAAUAUCCGCCUUGGCAAACCUGAGAGCACGGUUGUCCGCGCCCUAGCACCUCUCGCAGACCCAGCGCCCGCCGCCAAUUCUCUGCCUAUCGCACAGCCCGUCCCAGCACCACUGGCGCAUGCCUCGGACAACAACUCUAGCACACGUGCGGCUCGGCCGUCGGCCUCGGGGGGCCGCGCGCCUCUGCAGCAAAUUGGAGAGCCUAAGUUACCAGUGGCCGGGCCUUCCAACUCCCACGCCGACGACGAAGAGCAGCCUCGCCGGCGCAAGGUGCCCGCACGCAGUCCGAGUCCGGCUCGGAAGGACAGACCAGUCGUAUCUCGGUACUUCGCUUCGGGCUCAGGCGCUGCCAAAGACAAGGCAAAAGAGCUCGCAAGCGAGCUGCAGUUGUCACCACAUCGACAACCCGCCUUAUUCCUGCCCGAGAGUGACGAAGAGCACGAGUCCGUAGCUAAAUCCUCUCACCCAGCGUCAAAGGCGAACAAGGAUACCGACUGGAAGGUGACCUUGGCCGGCGGAGACGACAGUUCAGAGUACGACUUCGACCUGGGUGUCGACGAAGGAGAGAUGCUCGCGGCGCUGGACAAGGUCGAGAAGGAACAAGGCCGACGCGGCUCGUCCGUGACGGCAUCGUCAGCCGCAGCUCCCUCGUCAAGCAGCCGUAUCGCUACGUCGUCAGGCAGUCGUAUUGCUACGUCGGGCCGGGCUGUGCAGGACACUGAAAUCAUCGAAAUUGACGACGAUGAGGGCGAGAAAGAGAAUGUGCUAGCGCCGACAAGGCAUGUGAGGCGGCGGACGGCAUUUCAACGGUCUUCGCAGGUGGUGAUCAAUGAUGAUGAUAUUAUCGAGCUGUCGGAUUGA